AUGGGUCGCGGUUCCGCAGCAGCAGCAACAGCAACGGCAGCGGCAGCUCCGGUCACGGGGGCGCCCCGCGGCACAAGCAACCGCCGCCGCCGCCGGAACCCCGACGGCCGCCUGCCGCAGCUCCGCACCCGCCGGGGCCGGAGCUCCUGGGCUGGCCGAAGCGGCGGCGGCGGCGGCGGCGGCGGCGUGGUUGAGCUGGCCUCUCGCCCGCCUUCGCCUCCUCCUACGGCGGCGGCCGCGAUGCUGCACCGGUUCCCGGCGCUGCGCGGAUUGGUGGAGCGCUUGAAGCGGCGCCUGGUGGGGAGCGGAGCCCGGGCGGCGGCGGCGGGCGGGCAGAGCCCGUGGGGCGUCUGGGGCUGCGGCCAGUGCGGCGGCUUUCUCUGCGACCCGGUCUCGCUGCUGUGCGGCCACACCUUCUGCCGAGUGUGCGCCGAGCGGCGGCGGCGGGCGGGCGGAGCGCUCUUGCGACGCCGCGGGGCCACUCCGGCCACCGCCCACCCGAGCCCGCGGGCCGUCUGCAGCCUCUGUCCCGGCGCCCGCAUCGUCCAGUCCCGGCUGCGAGUCAACGUCAUCCUGGGCCACCUGUUGGCCAAGGGCUUCCCCCGGCAGGUGCGAGCGGCGCGGCUCCGCCACGAAGGGAACCUGUUGUGCAAGGAAGGGCGGCUGCAAGCGGCGCUGGAGAAGUACGACCAAGCCCUCCGCUUGGCUCCUUCUGAUCAUUUGCUGUAUUGCAACCGGUCGCAAAUCAAGUCUACUUUGAAAUGCUACGAGGAAGCGUUACGGGAUGUAAAAAUGGCCUGUGAACUCCAGCCUUAUUGGCUAAAGGUUGACAUGGACAAGGAAACCUGUGAAGACCAGAAUGUGACCAACUGUGACAACUCAGAAAAACCUCUCCCUAGCCAGGAAGGAAGCAGAGAUGUCUCCUCGCCCGGGGAGACCGUUGCUGAGCAAGAGACGCCCCAAAAGAAUAAACGCCAGGCUGAAGCGGCUGCGGUUUCGGAUCUGCCCCCCAAAAUAGCGAAAAUGGAUGAAAGCGAUGAGCAAGAAGAACCCAAUGCUGAAAACUGCAUCGCCUUUGAUGGUGUGGAUCCAUCUGACAUGGAGUGUUCCCUGUGCAUGAGGCUCUUCUAUGAACCUGUCACCACGCCGUGUGGACACACCUUUUGCCUAAGAUGCCUUGAACGAUGCCUGGAUCACAACCCAGAGUGCCCCUUGUGCAAAGACAGCCUCUUAGAGUGCCUGGCCAUGAAGAAACUUUGCAAGACGGUGUUGAUGGAGGAAUUGAUCGCCAAGUACCUUCCAGCGGAACUCGCCGAAAGAAAAAAGCUUAAUGAAGAAGAGAUGGCUGAAUUUUCCAACUUGAAUAAGAAUGUCCCCAUCUUUGUCUGCACGAUGGCCUACCCCACCGUUCCUUGCCCUCUGCACAUCUUUGAGCCCUGCUACCGACUGAUGGUUCGGAGAUGUAUGGAGACGGGCACCAGGCAGUUUGGCAUGUGCAUUAGAGAUCCCGUCAAAGGGUUCGCAGAUUACGGAUGCAUCCUAGAGAUAAGGAACGUGGAGGUCUUCACCGACGGGCGCUCCGUGGUGGAUAGCAUCGGCAAGAGGCGGUUUAAGGUCCUACAACACAGCAAGUGUGACGGCUACAACACAGCGGAUAUCGAGUACAUUGAAGACAAGAAGGUCCAGGGAGAGGCCUCUGAAUACUUGACGAUUCUCCACAGUGCCGUGUACGAUCAGGCCCGCACCUGGUUCAACACUCUGAAAUCUUCACUCAGAGUACGCAUUAUCCAUCAUUUCGGUCCAAUGCCUGUUAAAGAACCAGACCCACAGGUGAGCCCCGAUGGUCCUGCCUGGUGCUGGUGGAUCUUGGCCGUCCUUCCUCUGGAGAACAAAGCCCAGCUUCCCUUCCUAGCGAUGACCUCCUUGAAGGCGCGUCUUAAAGGCAUCCGGAGCAUUUUAACCUUUCUCUUCCUCACUCAGACGAAGUGAAGGGGGCUGUAAAUGCCCUUGCAAUCCGAGGCCUUCUCUCUCUCUCUCUCUCUCUCACACACACACACACACACACACUCCUUCCCACUGAUUGUGCCCGAAGGCAAAAACGAACUUUACGGAGGGCCUUAAAUUCUCAGGUCUCAAAGCUCUUCCCACCUCUUGAAUGGAAAAAAGAAAAGGAAAAAAAAAUCCCCCUUUCUCUAAGCUGCAAUAAUCUCCCAACUGCUCCCAUCUUGGUCUGCAAAGCAGAAACUCAGUGCUCAGUGCCUGACAGGAGACCAUCAGGAGGGCAAUGCCAAGCGAGGUUUCCUUCGGAAAUCCCAGGGAGUUCUAUGGGCCACGGAGGCCCCUGUCUAUAUGUUGUGAUAGAAUUUGACAAAGUAGACGUGUGUUUAUUCGUCACAGCGUCCUUUUAAAUUGAGAAUUAUUAUUUAAUUUAAUCUUUAUUUGGAACCGUUGCAUUAAAACGAAUCCAGUUAAUGUGAAGCUUAAAAUAUUCACAAAUCAGGAGGAACCGAGCAGCCCCUUUGCUGGAGAAUAUAUAUUUCCUAAAAGCUUUGUCUUUUUAAUUUUAAAAAUUUGCCGGUCAAAUGGAUUCUUCCUGACUUUUUUUUUCUUGCUACCACAGACUAACCUGACAGUCUUUUACAAAGUCUGAAUUAUUUAGCAAUUGUUUUUCCUAAGGAUUCAGGAAUGACUGUAUAAUUUUGGUCGCAGAUGUCUCUGCUUGAAUUUUGGUUUUGCACAGGUUGUUUUUUGUUCCAGUUGUAACUGCGAGAACCUCUGGGUGUUUACUCCAAAGUAAAUCCUAUUGCAUUUAAUGAUUAUUCCUGAGUG